UGACGCGCUUGUGGCAUCCCUAUCUUUCGGUGGUUGGGGACCAGCCUAAAAUGCUGAGUCACACUUGUCAAAACGGUCCCACAGGAGUUGUGACGUGGGUGCAUUCACGGUCUAAUGAUGUGUUAACAGGUGCACUCGCAGGACAGGUAGUAAGGCGCAAUGAUUGACAGAUUAGAUGUGGAGAUGCCAAGUGGUUAGCACUGUCAGGUUAGCAUAAUACUGUUUUGUUUACAUCUGCGCUGGGAUGCUGCCGGGUCAAGUGCAGGUUAAUACACGCAGCUAACGAAUGCUAGCGUGGUAAAAGCACAUUAUAAGAACAAUAAACGAAUCAUCUCGUAGUUGGUUCAUGAGAGGAUCCGUUGUUCUGACCUCCUCUGCGUGCUUCCGUAGCGCUUUCUCGCGCUCGUACUGGGUGAUGAGCUGCUCGUUGUCCUCCUUCAGCAGCUCCAGCUCCACUUCGUGCUCUUGGUUCUCCGCGAACACCGAGUCCAGGUUUUCCAAGACGGCCACCACCAGCGGCAUGAGCUCUUUCACCACGUCCUCGUCGUACUUGCCGAUGAGCCGCUCGAACUCGCGGUAAAUGGAGUUAGCCAGGCCCGACACCCGCUCAGACAUCAUCGCUGAUGUCCCCGGGUCGUCCUGGUACACUACUCCGUCUUCCAGCUCCAUUUUUUCAGUCCUCUCCGUGUAAAAGCCUUUUUUAUUCCCGUUUCCCCGCCACCGUGGACACCUUUAUCCUGUUCUUGGAAUGACUGGACACACCGAGACCAUUACGCGACCGGACCGGACCGGACCGCUAAGAUGCAGGAGGCCACGACGUGCAGCUCUUCCUCUUUUUUCCCUGUUGUUCCAUGAUGCCUUCGCGGACUUCCACAAAAGAUUCGCUUUCCCACAGACUGCAGGAGCACAGAAGUCUUAUUAUGGCUUGUAAUAAAUCACAUCACCGCCACACAAAUGAUGUUCUAUUUGUAUAAUUUAGGAUAGAUUUAUUUAAAAAACGCGUCUAAAAUUGGCAUUAGCAUAUUGAUAAUAGUCUUUUAAACGUAGUCGUUGUAGUGUAUUUUGAACUCGGUGUCCACGUGUGGGGGUGUUAUUGUUUCACAAAACAAAUAUAUUAGGAUCGUUUAUCGUACAGUUGGAGGGAUAUAAAAGAUCAACAGUCACACUUCAUUCUACCAUUUCCAGAGUUUCCCUGAAUGCACCAUUACAACAGCUGAGUUGUUGACGAUCACGCCAUGACGUCACGACAAUACGAGCCAUAAAACAUGAUUCCUUGUGUUUUAUCAUUAGACGUUGUGCACAAUACUGUCUUUCUAGAUUAUGCAGGCGAUGAUGCUUUGUUCAGCAGAGUUUUUCUUGUAUGAAAAGCCACAAAAGCGCAGUUUCCACACAUUUUAUUGACGCAUCCUGUGCUUUAUUUAUCAUGUAUUCGGUAUUUAUGUAGAAUGCGAAUUCCCUGUCAGUUUUUACUGCUGUAUUUAUUCUUUUCAUUACUUAAGAUACCUACCGACUAAGCACUGUUAGACAUUGGCUAUUCCUUCUUUCCCUAUUAGAAUAUAUUGGUUACAUCGGAGCACGUGAAACACAGGAAGUAAACAAACUACUCCUUUUUGGAAACGUUGAACCUUGAAUGUAACUUUACAAUAAAUCAGGGGUGUCCAAACUUUUUGAACACUUUAUGAAAAAUGAAAGUAUGCAAGGGCUUACUCUGAUAUUUUGUAACCCAACCCAAGCAGAUGUGCUAACGUCAAGAAAAAAAUGACAGUACAUUUUAGCCUUAUUAGUGCCAACUUCACUCUUUGCUUUUUUUUCCCUCAUUGUUGCUGUUUUAACGUUCUUCUUAAUCUUCGUAAAGUUUCUUUUUGUAAUGUUAAGACGUUAUUAAGACUUCCAAUAACGUUUAGACUUUAUUCCCAUAUUAUAACUUUUCACUAAACCUAUUUUUCUGUUAUGUUUGUUUCUCAUAUCACAACUUUUUUUUACAAAAAUAACAUAUUUUUAAAUAUUUCAACUCUAAUGUACUAAAAUGACAUAAUUUUUCCUCAUAUUACACGUUUAUUCCAGUAAAAUUAAGACUUGCUCUUAAUAUUUUGAAUUUAUUCUCGUUAAAGUAGAGCCGUUUUUUCCAUGUCUGCUGUUUUUUUUCCUUUUUAAUCUUCCAACUAUUUCACCUUUUUUCUUGCAAAUGUUCUCCUCGUGAUUACGACUUUAUUCUUGUAACAUAACUUUUUCCUAAAUUACAGCUUGAUUGUUUUAUUUGUCAUAUUAUCACGUGAAAAAAAUAACGCCUUUUGUCUUGAAUAUUUUAACUAUAUGCUACUAAAAUUACUGUUUUUCCUCUCAAUAUUGCAAGUUUACUCCAUUAAAAUUGUGACUUUAUUCUCUUAAUAUUUGGAGGUUAUCCUCUUAAAAAUACUGUUUUCUUUUUAAUUUUCCAACUAUUUCAACUUUCUUUUUGUAAAUUUUCUCCAUGUAAUUACCACUUUAUUCCCUUAUACACUAGGUCCCCAACUUACAAACACCCGACUAGCGAACACUCGCGGAUACGAACACAAGCCGACUGGUCUAUAUUUUAUUUUAUUUUGCCUUGUAGUCGCUCAAUCAGUAUUUCUACUGCUACUGUACAUGCUUGACCAGUAGAGGGCACUGUGACACUGCUAAUGCAGCCUUAGAGCUAAUGAGACCAACAGAGGAAGAGUUAGACGCUGGGGAGAUAAAGCUACAUUGUAGCUGUAUGAUACAACCGGGACAGAGCGUGUGAUUAAAGUUUAUGAAGAGUUAAUAGGCCUGCUUAAUUCUACACCACCCACAGAACACUACCUCUUUUAGAAGAGUCUAACCACCACCACCAUUUGUCCUUUUUUUCAAUAUCUCCUCCUCCUCCACAACGAUGUAUGCUCGACCACUCCUCUUCAAAGUGUCACAUCCAGAAGUUCUCCGAUGACACAGCCAUUGUGGGUUGUGUUUCACAGGGGAACGAUCUGGAAUACAGGACGGUCAUCAGGGACUUUGUCAGCUGGAGUGAGCUUAACCAGCUACAACUCAACACCAGCAAGACAAAGGAGAUGAUCAUUAACUUCCAGGGAGCGGACAUAGAGUUGGUAGAGAGCUACAAAUUCCUGGGUGUUCACCUUAACAACAAACUGGACUGGUCCGUCAACACCCACGCCCUCUACAAGAAGGGCCAGAGUCGCCUCCACCUGCUGAGGAGACUGAGGUCCUUUGGUGUGUGCAGGACUCUUUUACGGACCUUUUAUGACUCUGUGGUGGCCUCAGCCAUCUUCUACGCUGUGGGCUGCUGGAGAGGGGGCAGCACGGACAGGGACAGGAGCAGGAUCAAUAGGCUAAUCAGGAGAGCGAGCUCUGUCCUGGACGGUCCUCUGGACUCCGUGGAGGAAGUGGGGGAGAGAAGGAUGUUGGCUAAGCUGACAUCCAUCAUGGACAACACCUCUUACCCGCUACAUGACACUGUGGGUUCCCUUAGCAGCUCCUUCAGCAGCAGACUGUUACACCCACGGUGUAAGAAGGAGAGGUUCCGCAGGUCCUUCAUACCGACCGCUGUCAGGCUCUACAACACCUGCACCACCUGAACCAUGUUGUAGUCACUAUGUAUUCUUUACUUGCGUAUCUUGCUUGCUGCUGUAACAAGUGAAUUUCCCCGCUGUGGGAUAAAUAAAGUACAAAUACAAUACAAUAAUAUUACUACUGCAUCCAAACUAAUAUGUACAUACAUACACAUAUACUGUAUAUGUAUACACGUACAUGUAGUACCUAUAUCAUUGGUAAUAUUACCUUUUACCCUACUUAAGAACAAUUCAACUUAAGAACGGUCGUCUGGAACCAAUUGUGUUCGUAAGUUGGGGACUUAGUGUACUGACUUUAUUCUUGUCACUAAUUAUGUUUUUCCCCAACCUAAUUUUUCAAAAAUCAAGUCUUUUUCCUAAUACUUCCACUAUAUGCUACUAAAAUGACCAUUUUUUAUUUAUGACAUUAUUCUCAUAAACCUUUCUGUUAAUAUUUUGACUUUAUUUUGUAAAAUGUUUCAAGUUUUCUUGUUAAAUUAUAUUUUUUAUUCCUAGAAUGUGUAAAUGUUAACAUUUUGGACACCUCUGCAAUUGCUGUCAACAUGCAGCAUAACGAGCGGAAUACGUGGGGAUAAAAUAUUUGCAAGUAAUGUUUGCAGACGUGUUGUAUUUGCAUUGCUAGAAUCCUGAGAGACAAUACAAAUAAAAAUCACACA